ACGAAUCUGGAUUACGACAUACCACAUACCUUACACAAAGUCUACGUAGGGAAGACGUCUUGAUCACAGCAGUUCUUGCAGACUUAUUUCAAACUGAAGCUUACUUACACAAGAGAAGACAUGACAUUGACGGAGCAGAAAGAUUUGGUGGAACAAUGCAGCGAAGAAAGCUGUGUAAAAGCCUGUCCUGGUGUCCUAGAAGUCUUUAGAAGUGCAGCCCAACAAGAAAGGGUCCUCAAUGGAGUCUAUAAAUGUGCAGCCAUUUUGGAGAGGGACCCGGAUGCGGUGAUGUUGUGUAUUUUACCUCAGCCACCAGAAGAUGCUGACGUCACUAUAAACAUAGAACAAACACUUAUAGAAGCACAUUGCUGGGAAAACGGAAUAAGAGUAAUGAAGGUGGACUGUGCAAAGAAAUUAGAGAUGUUAAUUCUCGACCAUACACAGCCGACUGAUCAUUCCCUGAAUUCUGAUUUCUCCUGUGUUCUGGUUCUAUUCCCCAAAAAUGACGCCAUCGACUCACCUGCCGCAGAGAAAGAGUGGAAGCUGAUAGAUAACUUCUUCAAGAAAAUGCUCAUGCAUGGGGUGCCACAUUGGCACGUCAUUGAGUUACCCGGAUGAUGUAUUUUACCUCAUUUUUUAACAUUAGUUUUUUUGAGCCAUUAUUGCACCAAAACCAAACAAUGAGAUAGGAAUGUGAUGGCCAAGUACAGUCUUCACUAAGUUAAUGAAAGUGAAAAAGAGGCCUUUGAGGACAUGCAUGUACGCAUGCCCAGUGAGCAUGAUCUUGCAUCGAAAUGAACAUCAAACAUAAUUCCGUACUGUUUCCCGGAAGUGAAGGCACAUGAAUUCUAUGAAGAUGGGACUUCUUGAAAAAUGUUUAUGGUUAUGGUGUUGAAAUCAUCAUUGCUAGAAUUUAAAGGACCUUAUUGAAUGUACUUGUUCAAUGAAAUGAGUCUAUGAAUUUGUAUAUAAGCUUGAAAUAAGGAAUUAAGUAAUAAAAGAUAGAUAUAUA